AUUUUAGCAGUGGUGGACUGGUCUCUGUCUUUCCCUCUUUCAUAUUCCUACUAAAUCCUUCUUUAAUAAUCUGUGGGAGAAGAAACAACUCAACAAGCUGAGAUAAGGCAGAGAUGAAGACGGCGGUGCCAUGGACAAUAAACGGAAGAGGAUUUGGUUUAAGCUUCUACUCCUCCGCCGUCAUCGUCAUGUUUAGUCUACUCGUGGAGAUAGCUGUAGCUCAAAGAAACACAACCAAUGUUGCCACCACUAAUCCUCCUGAAGCCCGUGCUUUGAACUUCAUCUUCCAAAAAUGGGGAAUUUCCGCGACAAAUCGGUGGAACAUUAGUGGUGAGUUAUGCAGCGGAGCCGCCAUUGAUUCCACUGAAAUCCAAGAUUUUAAUCCCGCCAUCAAAUGCGAUUGUUCCGACAACAACCGCACUCUUUGUCAUAUCACUGGCUUGAGAGUUUAUGCAAUGAACGUCGUCAGUGAAAUUCCAGAUGAAUUAUGGAGCCUUAACUUCCUCAAUGAUCUGAAUGUUGCCCAAAAUUUCUUAACAGGCACACUGUCCCCAUCCAUUGCCAAUCUGACUCGCAUGCAAUGGCUAAGCAUUGGCAUUAAUGCUUUGUCAGGGGAGCUCCCAAAGGAACUUGGGUUGUUGACUGAAUUAAAAUCAUUUGGUUUUGGCACAAACAAUUUCUCUGGACCUCUGCCUUCAGAACUUGGAAACUUAACAAAAAUGACACAAAUUUAUUUCGAUAGUGCUGGUGUUAGUGGUCCAAUACCAUUGACGUUUGCAAAACUGCAGAACUUGGAUACAGUGUGGGCUGCAGAUAAUAAUCUUACAGGAAGGAUUCCUGAUUUCAUUGGAAGUUGGUCAAAGCUUACUACACUGAGGUUCCAAGGAAAUUCUUUCGAGGGCCCAAUACCUGCUUCCUUUUCCAACUUAACCUCUUUGACCGACCUGAGAAUAAGUGAUCUAUCCAAUGGGAGCUCUUCACUUGACUUCCUCAGGAAUAUGAAGUCUCUAAGCAAGCUGGUUUUACGAAAUAACAAUAUUUCAGGUUCCAUCCCACCCAAUAUUGGAGAAUAUCAGAGCCUGUCACUACUGGAUUUGAGCUUCAACAAUUUGAGUGGGCGUAUUCCAGAUGCACUUUUCAAUCUAAGUUCGCUGACUCACUUGUUUCUUGGUGAUAACAAGCUAACAGGCGUCCUGCCAGCUCAGAAGAGCGGCCCCCUCCAGACUAUAGAUUUAUCAUACAAUGGGUUGUCUGGAAGCUUACCUUCUUGGAUCAAUGAGCAAACUCUGCAAUUAAAUUUAGUUGGCAACAACUUUACAAUGGAACAAUUAGACAGCAGUUCUCUGCCUUCCGGGUUAGAUUGUCUUCAACGAAACUUCCCUUGCGAUCGAGGAUCUCCGAGAUGGUCCAGCUUUGCAAUUAAAUGUGGGGGACCUCCAAUUACAUCAAGCAAUCAGAUAUCGUAUGAGAUGGAGAACCAGACUAUGGGUCCAGCAACAUAUUUCAUGACCAGGACAGGGAGGUGGGCUGUAAGUAAUGUUGGUCUGCCUUCUGACAGUCCAGAUCAGGACUUCACAAGCUUCUCCUCAUCUCAGUUUACAAACACCUUGGACUCGGAGCUCUUCCAAACUGCACGAAUUUCCGCAGGAUCACUUAGAUACUAUGGCUUGGGCCUUGAGAAUGGUAAUUACACUGUAAACCUCCAAUUUGCCGAGUCACAAAUCUUAAAUCCCCCAACUUGGCGUAGUCUUGGGAGGCGUGUAUUUGACGUAUAUGUACAGGGAAUUCGGGAGUUGAAAGAUUUUGACAUACGGAAGGAGGCUGAUGGAAGAUCCCUUAGAGCUGUUCAAAAGCAAUUUAAAGUUCAGGUUUCUGAAAAUCAUCUAGAGAUACAUCUCUUCUGGGCUGGAAAAGGGACUUGCUGUGUACCUAGACAAGGCACAUAUGGACCUUCUAUAUCAGCAAUUAGUGCAACCCCAGAUUUUAUUCCCACUGUUAGCAACCAGCCUCCUACUACAAAAAAGAAUCAGACUGGUCUUAUUGUGGGCGUUGUUGUUGGUGUUGGAGUCAUAAGCUUCAUUUCUGUAUUUGCUGUCUAUUACCUAAUUCAGAAAAGAAAACAGCAACAAGCUCUUGAGGAUGAAGAGUUCCUGGGGAUAGAUGCUAGACCCUAUACUUUCAGCUAUUCAGAACUUCGAGCCGCAACUGCUGACUUCAAUCCUUCUAAUAAGCUUGGAGAGGGAGGUUUUGGACCAGUUUACAAGGGUACACUUGAGGAUGGGAGGGUUGUCGCCGUUAAACAACUGUCUGUGGCAUCACAUCAAGGGAAGAGUCAGUUUGUGGCAGAGAUUGCCACUAUAUCAGCUGUACAGCACCGUAAUCUUGUGAAACUCUAUGGUUGCUGCAUCGAGGGAGAUAAACGGUCACUUGUUUAUGAGUAUCUUGAAAACAAGAGUCUUGAUCAAGCACUAUUUGAGAGUGGAUCUUUAUAUCUUGACUGGCCAAUACGCUUCCAGAUAUGCUUGGGAGUGGCAAAGGGUCUGGCGUAUCUUCACGAGGAAUCUCGGGUUCGUGUUGUCCAUCGAGAUGUCAAGGCCAGUAAUAUUCUGCUUGAUUCAGACCUAAACCCAAAAAUUUCAGAUUUCGGGUUGGCAAAACUUUAUGAUGACAAAAAGACUCAUAUAAACACUCGUGUUGCAGGCACAAUAGGGUAUCUUGCACCAGAAUAUGCCAUGCGCGGACAUCUGACAGAAAAGGCUGAUGUGUUUGGCUUCGGAGUUGUAGCUCUAGAGAUUGUCAGCGGUAGACCUAACUCUGACUCGAGCUUGGAAGAAGAGAGGAUCUACCUUCUUGAGUGGGCUUGGCAGCUUCAUGAGAACAACUGCGAAACUGAACUGGUGGAUGCAAAUUUAUCUGAAUUUGAUGAAAACGAAGUGAGAAAAGUAAUAGGGAUAGCUCUACUAUGCACUCAAACAUCCCCAGCACUACGACCCUCAAUGUCCCGUGUAAUAGCAAUGCUUACAGGAGACGCUGAGGUUGCGACUGUAACUUCCAGACCUGGAUACUUGACUGACUGGAAGUUUACUGAUACAACGACCUUCAUGAGUGAUCAUCAUUCUUCUCAAAUGCCCAAUUCAUCAGUGAGUACAAGUACAGCCGCUGAUACAAAUUAUUCGCCAUCAGGUGCUGACAGACCGAUGCUCCAUGACAUCCUCGGAGAGGGUAGAUGAAAUUUUUUGUUUCUCUGUCAGAGAUCCAUGAAUAAUCUAUUUUUGUCCCUUAUAUUUUCUUUGAAGAUUUUACCUAUCUGUAUAUUCUUUCUGCAUGUAUUUUACGUUAACUGUUUGUGUAUAGAUAGAUUUUCAUCGAA